AGCCAAUCGGAAGCACCAAAACGCGUCACGUGUUUUUUAUUUAUGUAAUGCAAUGGUUUCAGACGCGAACCCAGUACAAUCUGCGUGCUGCACUAGAGAAAAAUGUUGGUGUCGUGAGCGAAAAAUCAGAAACACAGAGAUCCAUCGGUUGUUUUUUUAUUUUGUCCUUGCACCGCGUUGAUGGAGUUUGGAGGAGUCGCGCUGAUGGGACUGAAGCGGAGUGAAGCAAAACACCAUGCACAACAAGGGAAAACGUUACUCUCACAGCAAAGACUGAGAUAUGAUUGCCAAUGGAUAAUCAUACAUAUUAAAUUUAUUGCCAAGUAGAAAAGCCAGUUGGAUAGGGAAUCAUAAAGUAUGCUCUUGGCACAAUUUCGGCCUUUUGAAGCAUAUGCAGUGAUCAUGAAAUGAGAUAGGGCACAGAGCUUUAAAACUAAGUUACCCGUGUCGUUUAACUUUUUAAUCAUGUCCCAUUUCUUGCUAAAGGAUCGAGCUGUGUAACUUGACAAAAGGCAUAAUCUAUUCAACUCUGGAGCUGUCAGCGGAUAAGAGUCGAGCAUGGAUCUGCUGGAGUGUCCGAUCUGUCUGUUCCUCAUGUGCGAGCCAGUGACCAUGAGCUGUGGUCACUCUUUCUGCAGGAGAUGCAUGGGAGCCUUCCUGCCCUCGCGAUGCCCCACAUGCAAAGACCGAUUGAAACAGAGAGAUGCGAAAAACAUCAAAAACAAUGUGUUACUCUUCAGCGUCAUCGAGAAAUGCUGCCCUGAAGAGACUAAGAUGAAAUGUCACAUUCAAGAGAAACUGAAAACGAGCGAAUUUACAGAAGCUCUGCGUAUUGCUGAUGAAGGGAUCGAGAUGGCCCCUGAAGAUGUGAGUCUGAAAGUGUGGCGAGCUGAGGCCUGCAUGGGCCUCCGUCGCUUUUCUGAUGCCCUCCGUGACCUGGAUGACCUGUGCUGUGUGCGACCAAACUGGACUGAGGGCUUCUUUCGUAAAGGGAAUGUUCUUCUUGAAAUGGGCAGACAGACUCAAGCCCUCAUCCAGUUUUACCAUUGCCUGAAGCAGCAUCCUGAUUUUGCCCCUGCAAAGAAUCAGAUUAAGAAGAUCCUGGAAGCAGAGGGAAUGGCUGUACCAGAAGAAGUUCCACAGAUCCUGCAUGUUGUGUCUGAGUACUUACAAGAGCCCUGUGCUAUCACCAGCUCUGUAAGUCCGUCAUGUCCAGAUGGUCAGCGCUACUCCCACAACAACGCUGAAGGUCAAACUGAUCCCGCGCAGAAUGCAACUAAAGUGAAGCACGGCACCAGCGGCGAGUGCUGUCUGAGCCUGUGUCAGGCCGUGUCCUUCCUCCCCACGCCUGAGGAUGAGGAUGAACUGAUGAUGAAGAGAGAAGAGAAACAGAACAGAGGUAUGUGCAGUGUGGGCAGAGAAUCCUGCCUCAGCGUUCUGACAGUGACUGAUUUUGAGUGCCCUCUCUGCAUCAGGUUAUUCUAUGAGCCAGUGACAACACCCUGUGGACACACCUUCUGCAAAAACUGCAUUGAGAGAAGUCUGGACCAUAAUCUACGCUGUCCACUUUGUAAACAACCCCUGCAGGAGUAUUUGAAGAACAGGAAGUACAACAACACAGUGCUGCUGCAGGAGAUCAUGUCCCGCCUCUUCCCCCAGCAGUUGGCAGAAAGGAAGCAGGUGCAUGAGGCGGAGAUGGCAGAGCUCUCAAAUCUGACUAAGGACAUCCCGAUCUUUGUGUGCACGGUGGCGUACCCUGGCAUCCCAUGUCCGCUGCACAUCUUUGAGCCUCGUUACCGUCUGAUGAUGCGGCGAUGUAUGGAGACAGGCACCAAAAAGUUUGGCAUGUGCAGCUACGAGCAUGGCAAAGGCUUUGCAGAUUAUGGCUGCAUGUUGGAUAUUUUGGAUCUGGAUUUGCUUCCUGAUGGUCGCUCUUAUGUGGAAACAGUGGGAGGAAGUCGCUUCCGAGUGCUCAGGAGAGGACAGAGAGAUGGCUACCACACAGCUGAUAUUGAGUACCUGGAAGAUCAUAAGGUUGAAGGUGCCGAGCUUGAAUUAGUGCAGCGUCUUCAUGACAGUGUGUAUCAGCAAGCGAGAGAGUGGUACCAGCGUCUGAACAGCCGCAUUCAGGAGCAGAUCAGCCAGCAGUACGGCAUCAUGCCCGAGAAAGAGGACAAUAUACAGGCAUCUGCUAAUGGGCCGGCCUGGUGCUGGUGGCUGCUGUCGGUGCUGCAGUUAGAUCCAGCAUAUCAGACCACCGUUCUGUCUGUGACCUCCCUGAAGGACAGACUGGGUCAUCUACGUAUCGUACUAGAAUACUUCUCUCAGAGCUAGGAUGGAGACCCAUUAUGUGCCCAUAUAUCUGAUCACAUCACAUGCAUGCACCACAAAAAACAUGAAUUUUCUUCUGAUUUAAACAGAGCCAUUUGUUUGAUUUCUGAUCAGAAACUGGACACAAGAUCUCUUGUGGUUGGAUAACACAUUGGAAAACUAUGAUAUGGGUUGGUUUAAAAAUGAAUUAGUCAUUGAACUGAUUCCUACUUCAGUCGAGCACCAAAGAAUCAAGGACUCGUUCUACACAGAACAGCUGUUUAUUGGCACACGCUGUUCGCUUCAUUAAACACCAUCAGAGCGGAUGCCAAAUGUUGCCGCUAGUUUUGUUGACAUACAUUUGAGAUGUUUCCAGUAGUACUGGGCCCUGUCCAGGACUUGUUCUUAAAUGUGUAGCUCGCAUUUGUCGCCGAGAGAGCCAAGAGACUGAUGACUGAAUAGGAGCUCAUUGAUUAUGCAUGAAUGAAACACUUAUGACUACAGCCUCAAAAUCUCGCAAUUCCAGCCGUAGGUUUUAGUAGAAUCAGAAAUAAUAUUAUCCUCAGUAACAGAUGAGGAGUUACAUUAAUAUUGCAAGACUAAUGGCACAGAAUAAUAUAUGUUUUCGAUAUAUGAAAGCUGCUAGCUGUGGUAGUUUCAUUCGUAAUAUUAAAUGUGUUGCAGGCUUGCUGGCAUGACCGUAGAGAGGAAGGGAUUCCCAUUCAAAAGUUUGGGGUAAAUAAGAUUUCGCGGAAGAAAUGUAUAUUUUUAAAUGGAUGCAAAUAUAAAAAAUAUAUAUAUUUUAAUAAUGUUUUACUGUUUUUUUUUUUCAUUUAAUAAAUGCAGCCUUUAAGAAACAUAAACAUAAAAAAAAGAAAAAAUCUUACAUACCCCAAAUGUUUGAAUGGUAGUGUAAAAUACUCUUAAUCACACAGCAGUUGUGGGAGGUGUUGUGAAGGUUUUAGCUAUCUGGUUGAUCAUUAUAAUCCCCCAUACCUAUUUGUGUCAGUCAUAUUGGAUUAUUUCUGUGUGCUUGUGCCUUGUGAUGGGCCUUAAUCUGGUUUCGGAUACUUGGUUUAAGACUGCGGGUUUAUGUUCCUUAUUUUUCCUUUCUUUUGUUCAGUGCCACAUUCUGAGGAAUGUUAAAACUGCAAAUGUUACAUGUGGUGUAACACUUAUAUGGGCUCGAAACUGACUUUGUUCAUACUCUGGUGAUUGUGCAAUGGUUUUAUUUUUAUCAUGUAUCUCAUACAUGUCUUGGGUUAACAUGCACCCACCUGCACUGGUACUUUAUUUUUAGGUUUUUCAUAUUUGAUAUGUUGUGCACUGCUCUGAAGAUUUCUAUCAUUUUGCCAUAUUGAAAACCAGUUACUAACAGGUGGGCGCUUUGCUUUCAACCGUGUUUUGAAUGCAGUAUGCCUAAACGUACUGAUUUUAGAUUUGUCUUAUUUGAAGAAGUGUACAUUUGGGAACUUUUGCAGGACAGAUUGGACACAAACAAGAUUCAUCCAAAAACUGAGAUUCACAGAGGCCUCAGUUUUGUUCCACUUCACACUUCAUCACAGCUUUAAAUGAUCACACCUCCAUGGUCAACGUCAUGCUGAGCCACGCAUUAUUCAUGAUCGCAUGACCUCAAUGGAGUGAUUCGGAGAGACAAAUAUUUAUGAAAGGGAUUCAAAUCAGAGUUGUUUUUUAUUUGAAUUUACUUUAGUAAUUUAAGUAAGACUUCACUGAUUGAUGCAUCUGAUGUUUUGUUUCAUAUCUAAGGUGCACUCUUGACUUCUAAGACCUUUCAUCCUCAAGAUACGGGGCUUGAAAUAUCACUUUUAAAUGCUGUUGCUUUAUCUGUCUGAAGUUUGUCAGCAUUGUGGCUGUGAGCCUGACAAUGUCAAAUUAUCACUCUUCUGGUUUAAGUGUAUGUGAAGGUGGCAGAUCCUGUGGUAUUGGUUUGGGAUAGUAAAAGAGUGACUCUAUUGUUCACUAAUAGUCUCGUAAAAAAGAAGGAUGCUAUAGACCUCAAAUAAAAUGUCUUGUGUAAGUAAAAAGAUUUGAUUAAAUUGAAAAUACAAAUAUAGAUGAGCCAAAUCAGAAUCAAUAAUUAAGAUUAUAUCCUCAGUUUUUUCAUUUAUUUGGUCACUAUUCCUUUUUAAUGUCAUAUAUUGAUGUGGUUGGAAUUAAAACAGUCUUCGGCAGACUAUUCAAAAUCUGUUUUCCCUGGUGUAAUCUAGGGACCUAUAUCAGUGAUUUUUCUUUUGAGAGAUAUAUCUUUAACUCUUAAUGAGUUAUGAGAUACACAUUAUACAAUAAUGUAAUAUUAAAAUAAAUAAUUCAAAAUAUCACUGCUUUUCUGUCAUUGGAAAUGGCAAAAGUCAAUCUUACAACAGCAAAAAAAAAAAAAAAAAAAAAAAUCGACAGUUUGUAU